UUAUUAUUUCUACCAACAUAUUGUGACCUAUUAUAAGAAUUGUGUGUUAUUUCUUUAUAGAUCUUUGAAAAUAAAUAAAGUAUAAAUAUGAUAAAUGUACAAAUUUGUACUGGGAAAACUACAAAACACAUAUUUAUUAGUGAUGAAUUGUUUUCAGUCGAUAAAAUAUGGGAGCGGUUUGAAGAAAUAAUUGGUGUAUCAAGAGAGAAUUUUUAUAUAGUUCAUAAUGGCCGCACUAUUAAUGAAAGUAAUAUAUUCUUGCAUGGUUGCGCAACUAUUAUUCCAAAAUUAUUGGGUGGAAAAGGUGGUUUUGGCUCUAUGUUACGGGCUAUAGGUGCUCAAAUUGAAAAAACUACAAAUCGCGAGGCUUGCAGAGAUUUGAGCGGACGCAGAUUAAGAGAUAUAAAUGAAGAAAAAAGACUUAAAGCUUGGAUUGAAAAGCAAGCAAAACGUAAAGAGGAAGCAGCUGAACGUAAAAAGAAAAAGUUAGAAAGGCUUUGUGCAGAACCAAAGCAUGAGUUUAAAGAUCAAAAUUAUGAAAAGGAGAGAUCAAUUUUGACAGAAAAAAUUGGAGAUGCAGUAGAAGAAGGAUUUAAAGUUGCUAUUGCUGGAGGUUCAAGUAUUAAAAGAAAAUGUGAAGAAGAAGUUAAGAGUAAUAAGAAAAAAACAAUACUGGAUUUAGAUAUUGAUUCUGAUGAGCUUGAUACUUCAGAUGAUAGUGAUAUAGAAAAUAGUGAGCCAGUAAAAUUUAAUAAAUUCGAGCAACAAAUAUCUAAUGAUAGUGGGCGUUCUAGUGAUGAAACUGAAAGAGAUAAUGAUAAAUUAUGUGAAACAAAAGCUGUAAAUUCAAUUAAUUCUGAAAAUGUGAAUACAUGUACAAACAUUUCAGUUGAAAAUAGUGAAGAAAAAAUAGUAGAUUCUAAAAAUGAAAAAAUAGAUAAAAAAAAUGAAGUUGCUGAUGACAUUUCAAUUCAAAGUAAUGAAGAAAAAAUAGUAGAUUCCAAAAAUGAAAAAGUAGAUAAAGAGAAUGAAAUUUCUAAUGACAUUUCACUGGGAAGUAGUGAAGAAAAAAUAGUAGAUCCUAAAAAUGAAAAAAUAGAUAAAAAAAAUGAAGUUUCUAAUGACGUUUCAGUUGAAAAUAGUGAAAAAAAAAUAGUAGAUUCUAAAAAUGAAAAAGUAAAAAGAAAAAAUGAACUUGUUGAUGACAUUUCAAUUGAAAAUAAUGAAGAAAAAAUAGUAGAUUUUAAAAAGGAAAAAAUAGAUAAAGAGAAUGAAGUUUCUAAUGACAUUUCAUUUGAAAAAAGUGAAGAAAAAAUAGUAGAUUCUAAAAAUGAAAAAGUAGAUAAGAAGAAUGAAGUUGUUAAUGAAGUUUUGGUAAUAAAUAAUCUAGUAGAAAAUGUUGAAAAAAAUGGAGUUGCAACUUCCACUGACAUUACAGCAGUAGAAUCUAAAUUCUAAAAACUUACUGGAAUAGCAGACUAAAUAAAUUUUUAUUUUCUCUUAUUUAUUUAUUAAUAGUUAAUGUCAUAUUUUUACAUUUGUUUAUUCAUUGUAAUCCAAUCCAUUAUUUUAUAUAUCAGAAAUUUAUGCUAAAUUUAUAAGUAUACUGUUUAAUUAUCAUAUAAUUUGAAAUAAAUAUUUUUUAUAAUACUAAUAAAUAAAUAUAUAUAUAUACAUACAACAUAUAUAUAGUAAAUAUAUAUGGUAAAUUUUGUUUAUGAUUUUAGACGUAGAAUAAUUACAGAUUGUAAGAUAAUUGAAUUAAUAUAAGUUAUAAACUAGUUAUACAAAGUGUAUCAAUAAAAUUAUAAUUACAACGAAGAAUUGGUGAAAGUUUUGAAGUAUAUAGUUCUCUAGUAAGCUGUGUACCAAUUGCAAAUAAUGUUAUUGAUACUACCACGGAUCUCAAAAAAUCAUCUGCAAGAAUACUUUUACUUGUACUGUGAUAUAAGUCUAAUAUAUAUUUAGCACCAAUGAGGAUGAAAUUAUCAUUUCUCAGAUAUCCAUCUUGACUUUUGUCUAAGUAUUAAAUUAGAAAAAUAUUCAAUAAAUGAGUAAAACAUUAA